CAGACCACGUCUGGGACCCGCCGCGCAUGACCAUACUUACUCGCUCGAAGACAACAGCGAUGGAUCAGAAGGCAGACGAGACUGACGAGGCCUACGAGGCACGAUUGGCAGCCAUCCUGGCCGACACCAAGCAACGGGCAGACGCAGCGGCAACGACACGAAAGAAGAAAGAAGCAGAGGCAGAGAAACUACGUCUUCAGGCUGAAGAACAACGACGAAAGCACGAGGCAGGAGCAGCCAGGGCCGCUGAUAAGGAACUCGUACGGCGACGGGAGAUCAUAUUCAGGGAGGAAAGUGCAUUACAUGCACAGGCCAAGGAUUGGCAGAAGGAGGUCGAGAACCGUGAUCCCGUUGACGUCGGGAGCAGAGUAUCUCAGCUGCUCAACCGUGUCACGGACCUCCUCGCGACUUGCAUCGCGCAGCAGGAGGAUAUCUACUCUCUUGACCACACCAACAAGGCGUUACAGCAGUCGCUGGACCAGACGCUAAAGCGCGUUCAACAGAUGGAGCAGCGGGUCGCUAACGCAAAUGCCAGCACAAGCCCCUCCAACCUCGCCGACCACGUCAACGUCUUGGAGAUUGACGUGGGAACACUUAAGACUGGGGCACAGCAGCUGCAACAACAAGCAUGGUUGGACAACAUGUUGUCCGCCCAUGCAUGUACAGUUACCGAGUUGCAUAAUUACAUCUCGUGGGCAGAUCUCACGGCGGCAUGGAAAAAGUGUUUCCGAGUAGAACUGCCCGAGCACAAGGCGAUGGACAAGCUGCUGACGUUUUCGCAGAACAACAUGCCAAGCGGAGAGUGGAUUUUCGAGUUCCAACGCCUCGCAAGCACGCCCAAGCUGUCGCUGAACUUCGACGACAUCAAGCUCUAUUUCAUUAAGAGGUUGUGCCCGGCAUUGCAGAAUGCAUUGACUCAUGUCGCCGACACCCUCACUACAAGCGAGGAACUCUUCGACAAGGCCGCGCAGAUCAUUGUGCUGAAUUUGGCAGCCCGGAAUACGUGCCCUUCGUCAAAUGCCGACGAGGGCGCACAUCAACAUUGGCUGAAGGUGGCCGUGGUCGCAGUGACAACGACUAGCGACCCUUCUACUUCAAACGAGGCUGUUUCGUCUGACGAGGGAGACAGACUCGCAGCUGCCCAGAAUGGUGGCCGCCCCGCCAAAGGACGAGGAUGCGGCAAGUCGAAGACCAACACCAAUACUUCUUCUAGGCCUGGGCAAGCAACUCCAGCUCAAGGACCUUGGACAAAGUACGGGCUGACGGAGCACGGGUAUCGCGUCUGCACCAAGUACUGUUAUUGUUUGUGGUGCAGUUGCGCGGCCCAUGAGACCGCGAACUGCCCAAGGGCCCCGCUUAGUCGGGAAAGUGAGCGUCGCCGAGAGUGUUGCGACGACACUCUCGACGCCUACGGAACCGGUUGCUGAUCGGGUAACCUCCCUCGGUUUCGGCCCACAUACGGACUCUUACAAUGGAUGAAG